AUUGUUCGUUGGCGGCGGUACCACGGCAGCAGAAGGCCACAGCGCCCAACACGCAUGUUCAGUGGAGAGUCAAUGGAAGGAGCCCUCAGAUGACGGACGCAAACGUCUGGGCAUGACAGCCGCUGUCACCGAGAGUGACAGCUUUCGCUCUCUGACGCCGCACCUCGACUAGACCCGAGUGAAGCCUGCCAAAGAAGUGACACGGAGCCAGUCAGAACUAUGCCAGAGAUGGAAAAAGGGAGACCACCGGAAAAUAAACGCAGUAGGAAACCUGCGCAUCCCGUCAAGAGAGAGAUCAACCAAGAGAUGAAGACGUUUGCAGAGAGCACCAUGAAUGAGUUACUAGGCUGGUACGGCUAUGACAAGGUGGAGCUCAGGGACAACGAGGCAACCGAGAUACGGAAUUACCCCAACCGAGAGAGACGCCAGCAGCAUGUCUCCGUCCUUAAAGAAAACUCAGUGCCGAAGCCCAAGAGCUUGAACAGCAAAGUCAGCCCCUCUGCACUGGCCAUGAGGAGUGGAGAGAGAGAAUCAUCCAGCGUCCCCUCUUCCACUUCCUCUUCCUUCCCCAGCUCCUCCUCUUUGACCAGCCCUAAGGAGCAUAAGAGCGCUCCCGUAAUUGUCCCCCUUAUAAAGCCAUCUGCAGUGGAAGACGUGCAGAAUGUGCAGAUAGUGUGUGUGUGGUGUCAGAAGGAGGGGGUGAAGCGCUACUCUCUCUGUAUGGGCACCGAGCUGAAGAGCUUCUGUAGUGAGAAAUGCUUCGCCGCCUGCCGACGUGCCUACUUCAAACGCAACAAGGCCCGGGAUGAGGAUCUCAACGGAGGUGAGCAAUCCCCCCAACACACCCAUGCCGACGACUCACCCCGACUGGUGAUGAAGAUGAACAGCGGUGGGGCCAGAUCACUCUCGCCUGUACCGCAGGUGUGCGACUGGUGCAAACACGUCCGCCACACCAAAGAGUACCUGGACUUCGGCGCAGGCGCAGAACGGCUCCAGUUCUGCAGUAGCAAGUGCUUGAACCAGUACAAGAUGGACGUGUUCUACAGAGAGGCCAGGGCAGCUCUCACCAGCUCCAGCCCAGGCCCAGGAAGACCCACCCAGGAUGGGAGAACUGAGUCCAGCGGAGGGGGUCAGAACCAGAAACUCCUGACUCCCGAAUCGUGGAACAAUGGCGCGGGGGUCGUUCGGGGGAGGACCAGGUCACCCAAAGGGCCCAUGCCGAUCCACAGUACAGCGGCGUCAAGGACUGUGUCACCAUCUGAGGCGUCGUCCUCGUCCUCCAAGGUCCCCGUCUCUGGGCUGAGACACCUGGAGAGACAUGUCCUGCCCCCGUUGCCACCCCCAGAGGUGGCAAACCACCACCCCGUCCACCCUCCUCCUCCUCACCCCCCCAUGGAGCACCACCAGCACCACCAGGCAAUUCCUCAGAUCCCGCUGCCCUUCAUCCGGCCCCCCCUCCACGCCCAAGGCCUGACGAGCCCCCUCGCCAAUCCCCACAGGUGCCACCCUGGCCCCCCUUCCAGCCCCAUCAACCGGUCCACCCCUCACUCCCCCCACCACCCCCACCUCCAGCCCCCCUCGGCCUCCUCCAUGAACCCACCUAGAAUGCACCCAUACCCGGGGGCCUACUUCCCCGGCCUGCACUCCCCCCCAAUGAUGGGGCCCCGUGGCCCUGUGCCCAUGCCCCCUAUGAUGAACUUCGGGAGAUGGCCGUCCCUAGGCCCCUUCUUCCCUCAGCCCAUGGUCCUGGUUCCCUACCCCAUUAUUGUACCCAUCCCCGUCCCCAUCCCCAUCCCUAUCCCCAUACCCAUCCCCCCUAAGGCUUCCCCCUCAGACCCCCAAGGGAUCUCCCCCAGUGGGGUUAUCCAGCCAGUGCCAGAUGGGAUGGAGAGGAGAUGCUCCAGUGGUGUCAAACUGCCCUCGCCCGGGAGCUCUGUGCCAAACAGAUUAAGUAGAACCACCAACCAGGGUCUCCCGUCGCCCUCCGACCACCCCAAAAGGGAUAUCACAGAUUGGGUUAAAUCUGAGAGGCAGGCUCCGUCGCCCAUGUCAACCCCCCACAGUGCAGCGUCCUCCCCCAGGGCUUGCUACGAUGCUUCCCCUUCUUCCACCUCAGUGAUUGAGGCACUGUUAGACUUUAAGCUGGGCCAGCAGCAGCAGCCAGAGAGACAGCUCAUUCAUAGAGUGCUCCAGAGGACCCCGGUCAAGCUGGAGCUCAACCCCCACGAAAUGGUGGACAUGUCGGGUAAACAGGAGUCCAGAGCGGGGCAAAGCACCAGGGUAGUGGAUACCAGAGUGGACCACCACAACCACCACAAUGACAUUAUCAAACCCACCGCUCCACCAUCCCAGUCCCCCCUUCCCCUGCACGACAUUUCCUUCCCCCAGAGCCCAAACACACAACUCCCCUCGCACACUCCACCAAUGACCAGAGGGGGAUGCCGCAGCCCUCCCUGUGAUGCCGCCACCUCCUCCUCCCCCCCGAUGUCCCCAGACAUCCCUAACCGAACGACUACGUCAUCAUCACCCGACCCUGCUCCCAGCCCAGACUCCUCCCAGUCCCAGAGAGAGGCCACGCUCCUUGGCCCUGACUCUGUCCUCAGCGAGCUGGAGGCGGUCAAAGAGAACAGCUGCUCCAAUGGCCAGGUCCAGGGGAGGGACCAGGGCCAGUUCCCUCCCCUCCCAAUCAGCCAAUCAGAGGAGCCCUCGCCCAGUGGCAACCCUAAAGACCCCCACAUCCUCGAUGAGGACCACGCCUAUGCCCUGCCCAACCCCACCCCUACACCCACCAGGACGGGCAGUUCCCCAGCCACCACCCACACCACACUCCUUCUGCCCAAGCUCAGGGACAAGGGCGCCCUCUGGAGCCCACCGAGUGUGGCUGGACCUGGGGACAUGGAGCCUGCUCAGAAGAGACGGUGCCUCCGCAUCAGAGAUCAGAACAAGUAGAAGAGAGAGCGGUACCAGAUCCAGUGCCCUGCCCUCUUAUGGACAUCACCAGAACCAACGCCCCUCUCUCCAAUCCAUUCUUCAGCCAAUCAAUCAGCCACCAGGGAGAUUGGCCCCGCCCUUCUUCUGACCACGAGGUGCCAAUCAAGGAAGCAGUCCAAUGGGGGAAGCAGCCCAAGAUGUGGACUUCCAGUAUAUUCACAGCAUCUUUGGACUUCAGAGAUACCUCCUUCUUUGAUCUCUGCCAUACUCCAUGAGCCUAUCAGAGCCCACUCCUCAACCCUAUUCAGUGGCUCUACACUAGACGGUAGGCUACUAGGCUCCAAUCAUCAGCCUUGUGUGGUCUUCUCAGAUGGAGCCUGAACCUGAUCUCUUUCCUGGGGAAACGGUUUGUUUUCUCUGCCUAGCUCCACACAAAGAGCCACAUUGUUCCUCUCCCCCAUAUCCCACGCUAACUCCCCUACUCGGGUUUUGGGUUACCUGGCCGACGGGGGCUCAGGCUUCAGGAGGAGUGUCUAUUUUUUGGUCUGAUUGAGGGCCAGGAAUAUGUGUGUACCCCCCUCUCCUUCUCUCCUCUCCUCUCCACCCUGUAACCCCUGCCCAAUUGCAGUAUACAGUACACACACCAGUCCUGAAAUGCAACUUCUUACACCAAUUGCUCGAUAACUUCCUCUUUCCCUCUUAUAUCGUCACACGAGGGAUGAGGGUACACAAUUUCAGUUCAAGAAUUUAUCCUCUGGUAUUUGUCUGAACUAUUUUAAGGAGGGAUGGUAUCUCCUGGAGCAAUGAAAAAGGGGAACAUAUGAACUGUAAACAAUGUCAUAUGUUAAUGAAAGAGAGAGGGCGCAAGUCCCAUAUAUCAAUCUACUGAUAUAGCUGAGUUGGCAAGGGAAGUUUUGACUUGCCUGAGACUUGAAGACUUGUCCCCAAAAUGAAUGCCAAGGCUUUGGCUCAAAGGGCUAACACGGUCUUGUGAUGUGCAGGAGACCUGGGUUUCAAACCAUCACACAUGCAGUGAUUUAUAACACUGACUCAGUCAUGGGACUUGGGCUAUAUUGUCACAGGCAUACCAUUUAUGAUCUUUUUUUUACCACCAAUUGGUCUUUUGACCAAUCAGAUCAGAUCUUUUGCCAAUAAUUGGGCAGCCUGUGUAAACACUGCCAUAGAAGUAGAUAUUUUGAGUUUCCAAACCCACUCCCUCUGUUGAUGCUCCUUACCUUACUCAGAUAAUGUGCAGUGGGCCCCUUUUGGUGGGUUUGGAACAACAACGUAGGUAGUCAUGUUACCAGCCAUGGUAUUAUUUUGAACCGUCAAAGGCUGCAAAAUGCAGCUAUCAGUAUUACAGUUUGAUGAGAUACUAACUAUAUGCCUGGUCCCAGAUCUAUUUGUUCUGUCUUGCCAACUCUUCUAGUCAUUGGCAUGCCAAACAGUACAAACAGAUCUGGGAUCAGCGUAACAAACGCUCCAGUGGGAGCAUCAUCAUCUUGAGGCCUUGCCAACACUCAUCAUCACAUUGUGAGAAUUCACUUUUAGUUUUUGCUAUACAUAGACUUUGACUUUAUAUUAACUUAUGAAUGAUGCCUCUAUAGAUCUUCAAAAAGUGCUUUAUUGAUUUUUUAUUUUGAUGAUGAUUAUUAUGCUGUAUUUUGCAAGUUCUAACCAGUUUCCAAAUGUUUUGUUAGAAUUUGUCCAGUAGAGUGCAGUGUCGCUUUUGGAACAUACAGGUACCUGCCAAAAUAAUGGAAACACUUGAGUAAAUGAGGGAUACAAAGUAAAUUGAAUGCAGGUGGUUCCACACGCGUGGUUCCUGAGUUAAUUAUGCAAUUACCAUCCCAUCAUGCUUAGGGUCAUAUAUACAAAAUAAUGGGCAAGCCGUUAUUUUGGCUGCCAUGCCUAUGCCCCCAUAGGAUGACAAUGCCCCCAUCCACAGGUCACGAAUUGUCAAUGAAUGGUUUAAUGAGCAUGAAAACGAUGUAAGCCAUAUGCCAUGGCCGUCUCAGUCACCAGAUCUCAAGCCAAUUAAACACGUAUGGGAGAUUCUGGAGCGGCGCCUGAGACAAAACACAAAACGAUAUAAUUUUUUUUGUGGAAGAAUGGUGUCACAUCCCUCCAAUAGAGUUCCAGACACUUGUAGAAUAUACGCCAAAGCACAUUGAAUCUGUUGUGGUUUGUGGUGUCCCAACGGCCUAUUAAGACACUUUAUGUUCUGGUUUCUUUUAUUUUGGAAGUUACCUUACCUGUAGCAGCUGCCUCUUUUUUAUAUACAUAACUAGCCGUCUCCAAUACCUUCAGUAAAUAGAUAGGCUAUUUUCAUUAACAUAAACAUGUAUUAAUUCACCUUCAUUCAGUAAACAACCAUACAUUUAGUGCCAAUACAAGCCUGUCUUUUUCAUGCCAAUUUCAGCAAUGGCUCGAUCUAUUCAUCGAUCCUGCCACAGAUCACCUGUUGCCAUCCCAUAGCCAAAAUAGAACAUUGUCACACCCCCCCCCCCCCCCCACACACACACAGACACACACAUACACACAUACACCUCUGCCAUCUCAGAACUGCAUUCCAAAGAGCACAUGCCCAAUCAGCGUAUGUGUAGCCACGGUGACAACAAGCUCAUUCCAGUCAACAGGCUUACCUUAGGUCAUGCCUAUAGAAUCAUUGUCAUCUUAGUCUGCCCAGGGGACUGUGUCACAAACUAUUAUGACUCAGCAGUGGUGUCACUCUAUACUAAUGCCUGGCAUAUCCUGCAGUAGUCCCCUAGCCAUUCCUUAGCGGCCAAAAAGUCAACAAAAAACUGCCAUAGUAUAUUGCACAUCUACCAAUACCUACCAUUUCUGGCCAGUAUCAGUUUGGGAAGAUAAAAAUGUAAAGUUGUCUGAAACCUAUAUAUUGUGGACUCUGAGGACACUUGUUGAACAUAUAGGGUACUGUAUAAUUGACAAUUCAGAUAGUUUUUUAUGUAAAUGAAUAUGAUAAACUGGGAGCUCUUUGGUGAAGACCUGUUUGUAAAGUGAAUAAAGGCUAUUCUGACAGUAACAUCA